GAGUCUCGCGCGUAUGCCUGAUGCGCGCACGCGAACGUGAAUCACCUGACAACCCGACGGAAUAGAAAGACUCGGGGAUCGAGCUUAGUAAGUAGCGCACAGCUAUACAUGUGAUAUACACUUACUACGUCGAGUGUAUUCACAGCCGAACGAGAAAGAGAGAGAGAGUCGGUGCAGUGUGUGUAUAAGUACGUCCUCUCGCGAAAAAUAUUCGCGACUGUAGAGACAAUGAGAAUCAGUGACACGAGACGCGUCGCUCGUUAGAGCGGCCCACGGAAUUUUUCGUGCUGCAGUUAGGUGUGUGUGUGUGUUGUGAAGCCACAGGCCACAGCUGAGUCCACAAGAAAAAAGUCGCUAAGGUUAGAAAAGUCGGGCUUUCCAUACUGCAGUGGAUUCCCAAAGCGAAAAAUCUCAUCGGGUGGUGGGAUAUAAUGAGCGAGUGUUUUUCGAGCUACGUCGAGAGGAUCUUCGGAAGGAUAUUUUCGGAGCGGAGUUAGCGAAGAGGACAAAGGGACGGAUCUAUUUGUUGCUACGACUCUCCUUAUCAACAAGCUGAUCAGGAGAGUCAGGGUGGAGCGAUGGUUGAUAGCGAAAGGGACGAUUGACGAGUGGAUGCGAGAGGACGUGUGGAGGUGAAUUGUAACCUUGAUGCUGAGGUUUGCUUCGGUUUGUUUCUUCUAAUGUACUGCAUGGAUAGCCGUAACGUUGAGUCCAUUGUUCUAUCGACUAUUCGUUGAGCCAAAUUUAUUUUUUCGACUUUCAAACUGACUUAGAAUACUGUCAUGCGCGCUGGGCGGCAUGAUAAAGCAGAAUAAAGUGACGGAAGAAUGAGAUGAUUAACGCCGUAUAAGUCCCUCCUAAUGUAAACUUGAAGCCACUGCAGGACCAGCAGAAUCGGAUCAGAGUACACAUGCUUACGCAUAAACUGUAGAUUUGCCUUUCAAGAUCAAGGAUAACAUAGAUUUUUAAUCCUACGCAUUUAUUUUAAUUGUACAUUGCUAGUUUUAUUUAGAUUGUGUAUGCAACAUCAGAGCUAUUAUUUAUUGAGAGUAUUUUUAACUGAGGUACCAAGAGCCAUUCAAGAUGGCAACACAAAGAUCUAAUGGUCCUAAUCGUAACUCGCAAAGAUCUACUCUAUUGAAGGUAGUUAUUCUUGGUGAUGGUGGUGUUGGAAAAUCUUGCCUAAUGAACAGAUUUGUGUCGAAUAAUUUUGAUGAGCAAAGCUUUCAUACUAUUGGAGUAGAAUUUCUCAAUAAGGAUAUUGAAAUAAAUGGAGAGUCCUAUACACUGCAAAUCUGGGAUACUGCGGGACAGGAAAGAUUUAAAACACUAAGAACUCCAUUUUAUCGAGGAUCUGAUAUCUGUCUAUUGACGUAUGCAGUUGACGACAGAACAAGUUUCAGAAAUUUAACUCUUUGGAAAUCAGAGUUCCUUUACUACGCAGAUGUUCAAGAAGAAUCAUCAUUUCCUUUUAUUAUCGUUGGCAAUAAAGUGGAUGUACCUGAGUCUGAUAAACAAGUCUCAACAGAAGAAGCAAAAGCUUGGUGCUUGGAAAAUGGAGAUCCACCUUUAGUUGAAACAUCUGCGAAGGAUGCUACCAAUGUAGAGGCUGCAUUUGGAGCAGCUGUAGCUGCAUGGGCACGUCUGGAGGCUCACAUGGAACGACCAUCAAUUGAAGACACAGUUGAUUUAUCAAAACAACAAUCACCACACCGUUCUAGCUGCUGUAUGCCUAUUGGGUCAGAUUAGUAAUUUGCAGGAUUUGACAGUAUUCUUUUAUACAAAUACUUAUGAUGUUAUUGCACUGAAAACUUAUUUUCAGUUUAGCAGUUUAUAUUAUAGGCAUCAAAAAUAUCUAAAUUAGAUAGUAUAAAGGCAUGUAAGCAGUUAGUGAGGAGUUUAUUUUAAGAGAACUCUUAUAUCAAAUGAGAUCUUUUCUCGAUUUCAUUGCAACGUUUAAAAUUUUUUUCAAAUUGAAUUGAAAAUUGAUUCAAUAGAAUUUUACAAACAGGUUUGAUGCAAUUAUAUAUAUAUAUAUAUAUAUAUAUUUUUUAAAUUUUCGCGGUUGAUAAGAGCUUAUCUUGUUUGCAUUAAAUUGAAUUAUUAAAAGUAGAUACUGAAAGUAUUUUGUACAUAUAUACCAAUAUGAUGAAUUAUAUUAAUCAACACAGUAAUCUUAUGAGCGAAUUGUUAUGGCGCAAAUUAAAAAAAUAUACAACGACAAAACAUGACGCCCAAAUAAUAAUGCCAAUAAUAAUAAGUAUAUAAAUGAAGCUUAUUCGUUAUUCAAACUUGAUGAAAUUACAUGCAAUAGUAGAUUUAUAACAACGACGUUACAUCAAGCUUUAUAUCUAAAUAGAAAAUAUUAUGACCAAUCACCAAACACUCUGAUUGAAAUUUCUAAUGCUUUUAUUGGUGCUACAUGAAAUAACCAAGAAUUCAAUUCCAAUUUUGAUUACUUUUUACUAACUUUAAAUAGAAAAAAGGAUCGAUUUUGGAUUGUCUUGCGAUAUGCGAGUUCCCUUAAACAAUCGGUAGAUUUUGAAUUUACAAUUCAUUAGAAAAUUAAUUUUCUAAAAUUUAUAUGCUAAAAAACUGACUAUAACUACAUUAACAGUGCCGAAACUUGUACCUGUUAUUUCAUAAUUGUCGGAACUGACUGAUACACAAUAAUGAGUAUGGGAAUUCAAAGUAGUUGAUGAAUAAAUUUUUGUUGAUUCAUCAAAAUACAAUCAAUUUCGAACAUUUUUGUACAAUGAAAUAAAAAUUAAUAGUACGUGAUGGAUAAACUAAUAAUGUAACUAUAAGAGGAAAUCUUUAGUUUAUUGUAAAAUAAUGCUGUGAGAAACCAAUCCUUUGUCUCAGCAAACUUAAAUGUCUCUGCAGAGGAGCUAUUUUAUUAUUUCUAAAAUCGAAAUAUUUUAUAACGGUUGUAAAUGAACUUACAGCUUCCAAGUAUUUUGUACAGUUAUUGCGAUUAUUAUAUUCAACUUAUUGUUUUUGAUUAUAUUGUUUUAUUGCAUAUUUGUAUCGUAUUAUGUAAAGAAAGAGAAUAUGCGUGUGUUGCUUUGCACAUCUUGUGAGUUACUCACAAUAUUUAGAGUGCCUCGUUUAUAUAUAUAUGCCAUUGGCUUGUGAUGAUAUACCGGCUACUUUAAUCACUGUUUCAAGGAUAAGACUACAGUAGCCGCUGCUUGACUGUAUGGUUUUAACUAGCCUUAAUUGUUGCAGCACGGAUCUGAUAGUAAUGAAUUUUUACAGCUUAGUGUGUAAUCAUUAUCUCGGAAUAAUAGAAAUAAAUUAUUUUGCAUAGAAGGAAAGUAUUUUCUUGUUCUUGUGCUUGCAUUAUGAUCUGAAAACUAACCAAACGUUUAUUCUAAGAAAGUAAUAUAACUGGGAAAACCAAGAUUGUAUUGUAUGUACGUAUGAGUACUCAUUUACUGCUUAUAUUAUGUUCUUACUGUCUACAGUAAUGUAAUGCUGUGACUGUUGCAUCAACAAGCAACUGCGUCUCUAUAAACCAAUGUUUUGCUUGAAUAAAAAGGUGAAUUGAUGAUAUUAUUGUACACUUACGGUUAGAUGCUUAAAUGUUCACUAAAAUUCUAUAUGUUCGUUUUUCUUAAGGGACUAAUUAGUCUGCAUUAUUGGUAAAAUGCAAAACAAUUCGUUUCCUCUGCCAAAUGGUUUUUUGGAUUCGACAAAAGACAUCUAUUAUACACGUUAUACUUAAAUAAGAGGCAGGCUCGAAUCGACUUUGCCUUUCAUUCAUUUAAAAUGUUCUAAAAAUGUUUAAAAGCGUUUUGUAUACCAGACUUAAAAGUCCCUUGGUUUUGUUUAACUUAAAUAUUUUGAAAGUUAAUGAAUCUAUCUUUUGUAUGGUAAGUUCGAAAAUACAUUUAUAGAAAUGCAUCAUAUCAUCACGCAAUGCAAAGAAUAAAUACUAUGACUAUAAUCCAUGUGAAAGGAAAAAAUGUAUAAUGUAUGAAAUUUUCGUACUUGAAUUUUUAUAUAAAAUGUAAUAACCGCGCUUUAAAUUCAUAAUCCUCAAAACAGUCAUAACUCAUAACCCUGGUAGAAAUAUUUAAGGUGUUUAACAUGAAAUGUAAUUGAAAAGUGGCACCCUAACCCUAUUUGAAGUAGUAAUAAAGUGUGUGAAUAUUAUUUAGUUUUAUUUUGAAAUGUCAGUGAGAAAUUCAAUUAAAAGAAUAAAGAGUUUGAAGAUAUUCUGUGUCUCUGUCCACGUAUAUAAGUACUUAAUCUCACUUGGAACUUGCUCGUGCAGCUUCGUACUGACCUGAAUUUGCUGAUUAUGGAACUUACAGAUCGAUGGUGCAUAGGUGCAGAGCAAGAUUAAAAAAUUAUUUUGUAAGCUUAUUAUUUCAAGAAUUAUGACUGCGUACGAUUCAUUUCGCAAAAUGAUGCUGCAUUAUAAACAAAGCGAUAUUUUAAUAAUAAAUUUUGAAAAAUUGCUACGCAAUAUUUAUUUUGAAUUUAUCGAAAUGAGCAAUCGAACUAGUAGUCUACUAUAUACUCUUCUGGCCAAUCAGCUGAUGGCUCUGUUAUUCAGUUCAAAGAACUCCCGCAACGAGAGCGGAGGUGGGCAAGCUUGGGCCUGGAAAACUUAGGUAUGGAAGUGUAAUUUUUCGUAAUAACAAGCAAAGAAUAAAUAUUCCAAUGGAGGUAGUGGAGUUAGCUGAAGAAACACCUGUAAAUACUCAAUUUACAGUUGCCGAUUUGGACAUUGAAAUUCUUCCCAUUAUUUACGAAAUCAUUCGAAGACAUUGAUGUUGUGAAAGUAUUUUUAAGCUCUUCUGCGAUUUAGUUUUAUUAUUUCGUCAUUCUAUUGCUCUUCUUUACCUAAUCUUUCUUCUGUGUUGAGAAGGAUCCACACGAUACAUCCCAAAAGGUGAAGGAAUCUGCAGACACAAGUCAAAAGAUUCUAGAACUACAGAAAAAAUUGGACUCUGCGAGAGCUCAGAUUAAAAGGCUUCCUGGAAUUGAAUACAGCAAAGAAGAACAACUACAAAAGUUAGAAAUACUAAGAAAACAACUAAGACUGAAAAAAGAACUUCUUCUCAAGUAUCGUAACAUGUGUACAUUUGAUGCCCCAAAAGUAUAAGUUUUAAAUCAAUUGUAAAUAUUAGUUAAUUCAAUAUGGUUUUCCGUUUUAUUCUUCAAUACUUUGCUAAUACUAGUAGUGAGAAAUUAAUUAGUAAGAUGGCUGAUUCAAAGCCUCUAAGACAAGCAGCUAGAAUGGUGGUUUACGUUUUAAAUCGAACUAGCUCACUUAGUGGUUCACACACUUUACCUUCGAAUACGAAAGAAUUUGGUUCUCAAGUUGUUGGUGCUGCAAAAAAAUUAUCAGAAGAUCUUCUAAGGAAACAGAAACUGGCACAGGAAGAAGCCAAGAGGCAACAACGGAAAUAGUAAUAAUUAAAUAAAAGUAAAAGAAAAGAUAA